GUCUCCAAAUUCCGCUAUCUUUUAUUCAUCUAGAAGAGAUUCUAAAAGGAAAACAGUGAAGGGGAAAAAAAGAGCAGCGCAGAUGGAAGAACCGCAAAAUGAAAACGGAAAUUUGAGUACAAUCGCGGAGGAUGAGCCGAUAGUCGGACCUGGGCCUGCCCCUCGAUCCCGUCCCAAGCGCCCGCUCCUUUUCGAACAAGCAUAUCUCGAUGCCCUUCCUUCGGCUAACAUGUACGAGAAAAGCUAUAUGCAUCGAGAUGUGGUUACUCAUGUUGCUGUAUCGGCUGCGGAUUUUUUCAUUACCGGAAGUGUUGAUGGACAUUUGAAAUUUUGGAAGAAAAAGGCUGUUGGGAUCGAGUUUGCAAAGCAUUUUAGAUCCCACUUAGGUCCCAUUGAAGGUCUAGCGUCAUCAACCAUGACUUCUUCAUCUAUGCAGGUUAGUGCAGAUGGUUUACUUUGCUGUACAAUUUCCAGUGACCGUUCUGUGAAGGUAUAUGAUGUGGUCAACUAUGACAUGAUGGUCAUGAUUCGCUUACCUUAUGUUCCUAGUGCUGUCGAAUGGGUCUACAAGCAAGGUGAUGUUAAAGCUAAGCUUGCCAUUAGUGAUAGAGAUUCAUCAAUGGUCCAUAUAUAUGAUGCACGAGAUGGUUCAAAUGAACCCAUUAUCUCAAGAGAGAUACACCUGGGCCCAGUGAAAGUAAUCAGGUACAACUCUGCAUUUGACAUUGUAAUAUCUGGUGACGAGAAGGGACUUAUCGAGUACUGGAACCCUGCCACACUUCAGUUCCCAGAAAGCGAGGUCAAUUUUAGAUUGAAAAGUGAUACUAAUCUCUUUGAAAUUGCAAAAUGCAAGACAGCUAUUUCUUCAAUUGAGGUCAGCCCAGACGGUAAGCAAUUUGCUAUUACAUCGCCUGAUCGCAGAAUACGUGUCUUUUGGUUUAGAAAUGGAAAAUUAAGGCGAGUUUAUGAUGAAUCACUUGAGGUGGCCCAAGAUCUUCAGAGAAGUGAUGCUCCCAUGUAUCGGCUGGAAGCUAUAGACUUUGGCAGAAGAAUGGCUGUUGAAAAGGAAAUUGAAAAUACUGAAACUGCACCACAACCAAAUGCAGUUUUUGACGAGAGCUCUAAUUUCCUCAUAUAUGCUACUCUUCUGGGGAUAAAAAUGGUAAAUUUGCACACCAAUAAAGUUGCUCGAAUACUUGGAAAGGUGGAGAGCAAUGACAGAUUCUUGAGAAUUGCAUUAUAUCAAGGUGAUCAAAGCAGCAAGAAAGUGAGGAAAAUUCCUGCUGCGGCAGCAAAUGUCAAUGAAAGUAAAGAGCCAUUAACGGAUCCUACCCUCUUGUGUUGUGCUUUCAAGAAGCAUAGGAUCUAUUUAUUCAGUCGAAGAGAACCAGAAGAACCUGAAGACGCCACAAAAGGAAGGGAUGUCUUUAAUGAAAAGCCACCUGCUGAUGAGCUUUUGGCUGUAUCUGAUAUUGGAAAAGCAGUUACAACUUCUCUUCCUGACAAUGUGAUACUGCACACCACGAUGGGUGAUGUUCACAUGAGACUGUACCCAGAAGAAUGUCCAAAAACUGUGGAGAACUUUACUACACACUGUCGGAAUGGCUAUUACGAUAAUCUAAUCUUUCACCGUGUCAUCAAAGGGUUCAUGAUACAAACAGGAGAUCCAUUAGGAGAUGGCACUGGUGGGCAGUCUAUUUGGGGAAGGGAAUUCGAGGACGAGUUUCAUAAAAGUUUACGACAUGACAGGCCGUUCACAGUGUCGAUGGCUAAUGCUGGCCAAAAUACAAAUGGCUCACAGUUCUUUAUAACCACAGUGGCUACCCCAUGGCUGGACAAUAAGCAUACAGUAUUUGGCAGAGUUGUUAAGGGAAUGGAUGUAGUACAGGGUAUUGAAAAAGUGAAGACGGACAAAGCCGACAAGCCAUACCAAGAUGUAAAAAUCUUAAAUGUGACCGUGCCGAAGUCGUAAUAGUUUAUUUCUGCGGUGAGUCAUUCGAGAUAUUGUUUGACCUGUGACAUCCAUGUUAGAACUUCGGUUGCCGGUGAUCAUCUUCUAUAUUUGUUCUGUUGGAAUCAGAAAAAAUUCGCCCUCAUCAUGCAGUCAUAGGCUGACCUUCCUAAUAUGGACUUUUUCUAAUGUAGGAUUUAUAUUUCAACAUAUUUCUUGCCCUCUUGAAUUGCAUGAACUUGGUUGUCUUUUGA